CAAAGACCGAUAUUUGGUUUGUUGGGUCAUUGCGUUCUCAUCAGAGUUUUCUUUGCCCCAUUCUUCACGAAGUUUGAUUCUUCCACAAAACGUUCCAAGUCUUGAGUCAACGACACAACAGACAGACGACUCCACUCUUCUUCUUUUUUCUUUUUUUUCAUUUUUCAAUUUAUUAAUUCUGUAAUCAAAGAGUCCUUUCAUCAUUCACGCUUUUCUUACUUCUUUCAUAAACACUUGACAACAGAUGCGAAUUUCCUCUUCCUCUUCUUCUUCUUCAUUCUGCUCAACACACAUGAACAGGAGCAGCACGACCAAGACCAAAGCUCCCGUUUUGUACUUCUGAUUUUCAUUCGAUUUUUUGAUGCUCAUCGGAGGAGAACCCUAGAUUCUUGUUCUGUAGUUUAUAGCCCCGCCUCUUGGGAUUUGUUGGAUUUUUGGGGGAUAUGAUGGUGAGUAGGUUAGUUUUUGCGAUUUUCCUCGGGAAUUGUCUCUGGUUACUACUUCUGUCUAGCUCCAUCGAUGCAAACGAGGCCAACGUAAACUGCUUGAAGAGCAUAAAAGCACAAGUCAAGGAUCCAAAUAAUUAUUUAUCGAGUUGGGUAUUUGGCAACAAUACUGCAGGUUAUAUCUGCAAGUUCAGUGGCGUGACUUGCUGGCAUGAUGACGAGAACAGAGUUUUGAGCAUUAACCUCAACGGGCUUGGUCUCACUGGGGAGUUUCCUCACGGGAUCAAGGAAUGUUCUGAUUUGACAGGUCUAGAGCUUUCUAGAAACAACUUCUCCGGACCUUUGCCAGCCAACAUUUCCUCCUUGAUUCAGUCUGUUACAAUUCUGGACCUUUCCGACAAUAGGUUCUCCGGUGAAAUCCCUGUCAUGAUCUCAAACAUCACCUUUCUCAACACUCUCUUGCUUCAGCGUAACCAGUUCACGGGCCGUCUUCCUCCCGAGCUAGUGCUACUCGGACGGCUCAGCAAGUUCUCUGUGGCCAGCAACCGUCUCGUUGGUCCUAUCCCAGCUUUCAACAAAACCACCUUGAAACCCAAAGCAAAUGACUUUGCUAAUAACCUGGGUUUGUGUGGUGAGCCUCUGGACCCAUGUAAGAGCCCUACCGGCUCUCGUGGUAAAGUUGUUGUUAUAGCGGCGGUUGGUGGAUUGACCGUGGCAGCUUUAGUCGUCGGGGUUGUUUUGUUCUUCUACUUCCGUAGAAUGGCUGUUGUUCGGAAGAAGAAGGACGAUCCUGAGCAAAACAGAUGGGCAAAGAGCUUGAAAGGACAGAAAGGCGUUAAGGUAUUCAUGUUUAAGAAGUCGGUUUCGAAGAUGAAACUAAGGGAUCUUAUGAAGGCAACGGAGGAAUUCAAGAAAGACAAUAUCAUUGGCAAAGGAAGGACAGGGACUAUGUACAAAGGGGUGCUCGAAGACGGGACUCCGCUUAUGAUAAAGAGGCUGCAGGAUUCUCAACGCUCUGAGAAAGAGCUCGAUUCGGAGAUGAAGACUCUGGGAUCUGUGAAACACAGAAACUUGGUCCCUCUCUUGGGGUAUUGUAUUGCGAAGAAGGAGAGGCUCCUGAUAUACGAGUACAUGCCUAACGGCUACCUUUAUGACCAGUUACAUCCCGCAGAUGAAGAAUCCUCCAAGCCCAUGGAUUGGCCUUCAAGGCUGAAAAUCGCUAUUGGUGCGGCGAAAGGAUUGGCGUGGCUUCACCACAGCUGCAACCCGAGGAUCAUCCAUCGCAACAUAAGCUCGAAAAGCAUAUUGUUGACCGCAGAGUUCGAGCCCAAGAUCUCGGACUUCGGUCUAGCUAGGCUGAUGAACCCGAUCGAUACACAUCUGAGCACGUUCGUCAAUGGAGAGUUUGGGGAUUUCGGUUAUGUUGCUCCCGAGUAUUCAAGAACCAUGGUGGCAACUCCUAAAGGAGACGUCUACAGCUUCGGGGUCGUGCUUCUUGAGCUAGUAACGGGCCAAAAAGCCACUGGUGUGACAAGAGGCUCUGAGGAAGCCGAGGAAGAAAUCUUCAAGGGUAACCUUGUGGAGUGGAUCACAAAGCUAUCUAGUGAAUCAAAACUGCAAGAAGCUAUUGACAGGUCGUUAAUUGGGAAAGGCGUGGAAGAUGAGAUCUUUAAAGUGCUCAAAGUAGCAUGCAACUGUGUUCUUCCGGAAGUAGCGAAGCAGAGACCUACCAUGUUUGAAGUUUACCAGCUUCUGAGGGCCAUUGGAGAGAGCUACAACUUCACCACCGACGAUGAUAUCUUAGUUCCUUCUGAAUCAGGAGAAGCUGAUUUCAUUGAAGAGCUCAUAGUUCGCUGAGUAAGAGGAAAGGCAAGACAUCUGAAACGAAGCAUCUUUUAGUCCUAGCAGUCCCAAGAUAUAUACAUAUGUAUAAGUACUGUUUUUCUUUUAUUUUUGAUUUUUCCUCGUCGAUGGUAUGGUUGUAAAACUUGUAAUGUGAAAUAUUUGUUUAGAUGCUCUCUCUCAUUACUAAACUGAGGUUUGGGUAUUUUCAGUACCGUUCACUUGUUUGGUGCAUCUUUGCUGUUUUUCAUAUUUUUUGCAGCAACUAUUCAAUUUGGUUGAAAUAUAUAUACAUGGUUCGAUUAGAAUUAUAA